GCAGCCGUAGUUUGUGACGUCACCAACAAAACAACAUGGCUGCUUGAUUCGAACGACAGAGCAAACAGCAAAGAACGCUUUUGUGACUAUAUAAAAACAGUUUUGUGGUUUUAAGCCAACAGUUUGUCUCAAAGUUGUUAACAGAUGUAUGCCAAACGAAGCAGCUUCGGCUUUAGUGAGUCAUGUCCGGUUCUGCUCGAAGCCCGGAGUUCUCUGAGCUGUGGAGGAAUCAUCUUUGUAAAGUGGAGAGUAACAAAAGUCAGGACAGGAGGACGGAGCAGAAGAUCCCUGGAAUAACAUCGCAUCAGUGUCGCGAUUUGCUGAGUCCGAGGCUCCGAGGCUGCAGCAGAUAUCCAGGCCUUAAUAAUGGAGAUUCUCCAGGAGAUGUCGAAGCUUCUCAGGAUAUUAUCUGGGAUUCCACAUCCCCCACUCAGACAGGAUCUGGACACAGGAACACCCGAGUUGUAGAAAUAUCUGACCUGGUUAACCGCAUCAUCCCAAAGAACAUAAAACAAAAAAGAACUGAAUCCCCUUUUUUCCACUGGAUUGAUGAUGGUACCAUCGCUAGCACACCUGAGAUUCCAAAAUCAAGAGUCAGGAAGAGAUCUUCUCGACGGAGUCGUGUGGAGGACCUCGUGAAACUGGCUAAACAGUUCGAUCAAAACAUGCAACAAGAUGACGAGCCUUCAGAACAACUGAGGGGAAUCGACAACAACCUUCCUGUAAUUGUAGACACUACUGAAGCUAAGCUGGUGACAUCGUCGUUGAACAAUGGGAAGGAUCUAAAGUGUCCGUCUCCAUCAGAUCGGGUGGAGGCGGAGCUACACGCUCUGUUUGACUGCUCCACUCAGGGAGUCAGUGGCAGGUUAAGUGAAAGUUCUGUCUGCUCACAAGAAGUAAAGAGCCAGACUGCGACUGUAAGUUCUGUUAAAGGCCAGCUCUCAGAGGAGACUGGGUCAGCCGUACAUCCUGUGGAACAAAAAGAAACGAACCAUCACAGCACUAAUUACUGUGCAGACUUUGACGAUGACUGGGACAACGACGACUUACUCAACGACUCGUUCGUUCUAGCCCUCACCCAAAACCCAUAUGCUAAUCCUAGGAACACUAUUCAGUCAGAUUCUCAGAGAAACACCGACUUCUCUUCUGUUUCCAAACCAACUACAGAAACAGACUCCGCACAUAAACCUGAAGACAAAAUCUGCAAGAUGAGCUGCAGUGCAUUACAGGAACUGUGUCCCAAACCAAAAACUACCAACCGAAGCACUUUCAAGCUAGAGUCCAACCUUCACUUCAAGCCCACAUUUUCCACGGAGGGCCCAAAGUCCAACUUUACUGAAAUACAACCGGAAUCAAAGAUGACUGGUGAGAGCCUCGCUGGUCUGAAGCCAUUUCCCACUUCACUCCACAAAGUCUCUAACGAUCAAGUUGGGACGUCCGCUGUUAAAGACCAUUUAUGGGAUGACAGGGAUGAUGACGCUCUUCUCUACCAGAUAUGUGACAGCGUGGAGCAGAUCUCCAACGGUCAGUCAAAGGAAGUGGGUCUGGACAACGGCAGGAAAGAGCAAGACAUAACUGUAGUCAGGCGACAGAAAAGCACCAAGCCUGUGACCGUAGACACAACAACAUGGGCAAAGAAUUCAGGUAUCGGUGCUAACCGGCGAUCAUCUGGUGGCUUUGUUCGUUCUAACUCACUACCGGGAACUAGUUGUGGCACUAACUACCAAGGAUGGAACGUUCCCAUGAAAGGUGCCAACAGCAAAUCUGGAAUUUCUCAAAGCUUCCCGGAAAGUCAUGUCAACCUGUGCACAUUCAACCAAAGCAGGGAUUUCUCUGGAACUUUCCAGGCUGGGAGCAAUAAUGUGGAAGUGAAACCACAUGCAUUGAUUGUCAGAGAGCCCUCGAACUCCAAGUCCCAUCAUGCAACAUUCAAGAGAAAUGUGUCAGACUCAGCAAUCAUAAGCAGCAAAGUCUUUAUCUCCGGCCAGACCACAGGGAAGUGCUCUGCAGCCGAGAUCGAGAGGAAGAAGCAAGAGGCUUUGGCCAGGAGACGUCUGAGGAUGCAGAAUACCUCUAAACCAUGACGAGCUUCCUUCUGACAGAAACAUCGGGUCUCAUUACACCUGGCAAGCCGUAGCACAACUCCUUCUUUCAAAAAUGGUUUGUUACGUGUUAUUUAGGAUUGUAUUUAGUACUUGAAUGUUUACUUGGUUUUCUGCACCUGAAACUGGUGAUUCCAGUUUAAAUGGCUGCUGGACAUGUUUGCUGCUCAUGUAAAAUAAAAAGAAGCACAUUUAGCCACAUGUGCUUUCAGUUUAGUGGUUUAAAUGACUGUUUCACACAAAUCUGAAGGAUAAGUUACCUAAACCAGGCAUGUUUAAUGUUAGAUUUACAGGAUUAUUCAGAAAAUUGUUCAAAUUUAAAUGUUUUCUCUGUUUUUCUGAAGUUUAUAAUGCAGUUUUCACAUAGAAAAAUAAAAUAAUCUGGUAUAUCUUGUAUACUGGAAGUGUUAAAAUGUGCCGUAGUAGCCAGAGAAACACAAAGUGCCUGAUAAUGUUACACCAAUAAAAAUAAAUGAAAGUUUAAAUCCAAAUGAGAACGUACUUCAUUUGAAGGAGAAUUUUUUUUAAGUGUAACAAUCAUUAAAGAUUUGAGAAUAAAUUAUCUUUUUACGUUCUAUUUUGCACAAGUUAGAAACAAACGUUCUACAAAAACUGCGUUACAGUGAAGUGCUGCUCUGAUUUAUUUUUUGUUCCUGUUCUUUUCAAACUAUGUUAAUUCAUCAAUAAAACUAGCUUCAAUAAGCA